AUGUUAAGAUUGGUUCCGACGCCGCUGCGCAGGGCCUCCGCCGCAGGCUUUGUGCGCCGCCAGCACACAAUCCGGUCCACGCGGACGCUGCUGGAGUUUGUCAACGGCAGGCUGGAGAAAAAACAGCCCAGGGACCCGUCUUCGGAGACCCCAGACAACGUCUCUUCAAUUCUCGUAUCAAAAUACUCCUCGUCGCCGUACUAUCGAAUAGGCCCCUCCCCGGCCUCCAGCUGCUCAGGAAGCAUCCAGGACACGCUUCUUAGUAUGGGUAAUUGCCAAGACAACACAGAUUACCACAAAGACCUGCGAAAGCUGGCCGACGAGGAGUCUGUGCUGAGUCUGCUGCUUCAUUGCAUGGUCUCGGCAGUUGAUCCGCGGUACAAAAAUGCGCCGGCCGAGAGUCUGGCGCUCUCGUUCUCGGGCAGAGUCGAGCCCGUGCCGCUGGCUGUGGAAACGUCUGCUCUGGAUGCGUUUGUUUUCCGCCAACACUGGCCCGCUAUCAGCUCCAGCAAGUCGACGCGCAUCGCGUUCCAGCUGCUAAAACAGAAACUCAACCAGACAAAGGGCUGGGAAGUCGCCGACCUGCGUGACAACGAGGUGCUCAGCUGGAUAAACAGCAUUUUUGCGCCGACUCUGUUCCGUUCGGUGUACGCUCUGAAAAACGCAUCCAAAGUGCCUGUCCCGGUGAUAUACGACAUUCUGCUGCGCCGGCCGCAAAACAAGCAGGAGUUCUACUCGCUGCUCGAGCUGUACAAGCAUUGGGGCCAGGACGUGGUUUUUCUGGACCAGGAAAAAUGGUGGUAUCGCAGCCAGUUGCAGGAGCCUACAGAUCCGAUGUUCGACCGGAAACUGCUGCUGCCGCCGGUCUUUUCGAAUCUCUAUUUUUUUGCGCUACGCGAGUGUCCCGACACGCUAGAGGACAUACUGAGCGUGUUCCUUAUGGGCAGCUCCGCCGAGCUCGUUCCGCAAAUUAGAGAAAUUCUAUGGCACACUGCUCUGGACGUGUCUGGCGAAAAUAAUAACUGGCCCUGCAAGCACUACUACCAGGCACAGUCGAGGCUGAUUGAGGCGAUCAACGCGGUGAACGAAGGCUCAGAAACCGACCUGGUCGAUUUCAACACCAUGCUUGUGGCGUCUGUGAUCUCGUACUUCAACGACCGCGAUAAAGCGUACCAGCUAUUUAAGGCAGCACAGGCCAAAUUCGACAGAUGGCAGCUAGACUCGUUUGACAUCGACGGCUUCGAGCGCGUGCUGAGCCAGCCAAGACCGUCGCCGUCGCACACAAUCGAGGAACUGCGCCGGCUGCGCACAGACUUCAACGUCAAGUCGCUCUGCACAUCCAUUCUUCUUCUCCACACCCAGGACGAGCCUUCGUGGGGCAGCGAGUUUGCCGAUCAGCUCGUGUCUCUCGUGUCUUCUCUUGACAGAAAGCUCAUCCAACGGUAUCCCGAAGUAUGGCUUUUUGUCGUGUACAAAAUCUUCACCACAAACGUUUCCGCCAACCGUCACCAGAAAAUCUGGAACCACUUUGUUGCCAGAAAUAAUUUUGACGUGAACCCUAGAGCAGUGGAUAUCCUCAUAGACAACAUCCCGUCGCGAAGCAGCCUGGUGCAGCUGCUGGAGGCUGGCGAUUUCGCUCUGGACAACAUCAAUCUUGCUCACUUGGUUGCGAAGCUGUAUCUUCUCAGUAAGGUGUGUGUGCCUCCAAAAAAAUCAGGGCCAGCUCGAGAGAACAAUCUAAUUGACCGCUACGAGCGCGAGCAGGAUUCCAUACUGGAGGAGCGUGCUCUGCGACAGAAUCUGUCAAUUGGAGUGUUUGAGACACCCAUAGAGCUGGCACGGGCCCUUUUCGAGCAGGACCACAGCUCGCGGCAAAUGGUAGCCAAGCACCUAUUGGGCGAGUGUCUGAUUGAUCCUGCCGACGCUCACACCAGAUAUCAGCACUUCCUUGCCGAGAAUAGUCCACUUGCGCUGUCGUCGCUCUUUUUGGCGGCGUUGAGGCUUCGCGAGCUGGAAAAGUACGACACUGUUUUCUGGGACGAUAAAACACCUCUAGAUUUUGCUAUACACGAGUUCGAGCUCAGAACCAGCCAGGCGUACAUGGACAACCCGGAUCUGAUGUAUCCUACAGAGAAUCUUCUGCUGGUUUAUAUAAAGGCCUUGGGAGAGUUUGACAGGCGCGCCGAGCUGACAUCAUUAAUAUGGAGACUGGUGGAUCUGCGGUUUCCAAUGACAGCCGAGCUGUUUGAAGCGUAUCUCUCAUACUUUUCACGAAAUGAUGCAAGACAGCUGAUCAAUGGUCUCAAUCAGUAUGCUGAAUAUAGAGCGUCGCUGGCCCAAGUAAGGACAGAAGGCGAGUUAGCGAGACUGAAACAGGGCCGCCGCCUCAAAUUCAGGGACGGCAGUUUUUCCAAGUUCCUCGAUGCACUGGAUAUCAACUGGGACAUCAUUAAAUCGUGGGACUGGCCCGAGAAAUCUCAGACCUGA